AUGAAAGUGAUCAAAUAAUAUCGUUAAUACUUGCACAGGAAAGAGUUUCAUCGAAAACGCACGACAUGGCGUUACAGUACACGACGUCGACGGUGGCGACUCUCGCCGUAUUCCUGCUGACGUGCUGCUGGGUGUCCGCCCGCAGUAUCGUCUACUUCGAAUCCGACAACGCCCUCCGACCAAUCGUCUCCCAGAGCCAAAAGCACCGCAUCUGCGUCGAACUGUGCACUUCUGGGUUGGGCGGCACACCCUGCGGCAGCGAUUGCGUCGAUCUCGUUCCUGCGAGCGUGCCCGUCUCCGCCGAUAACGGCAAUCAAAGCGUAACCGCGGACGGCAAGUAUAACGUGUCGACCCGGCAGGAUUCCUGCGAUGUGCUGUGCAAAAACGGCCUCGGUUUUCCGCUGUGCAAUUGUCAGUACGAGGCGAAAACUUACGAGGCGGACUUCGUCGCAGUGUGCUCGACGUUUUGCGAGAGCUACGACUACCAGAUAUACGGGUGUCAGAGCUGCGAUCUGCUGAAAAAUUAUUUCAAUAACACCCCCAACGAGCAAAACUCCGCCUCGCCAUUUUCCGUAAUGAGCACCGACACCAUGAGCAUCACCGCAAAGAAGACCUACUGGCGGCUCUGGUGCGUCGACGUUUGUUCCACGGGCGACGGUGGCGCCGCCUGCAAUUGCGACCUGCUACCCUGAUUCGCCGCCCUGAGAAAUUUGUAACGCCCGCCGCCACUGGUGCUAACGUUGUAGUAGUAGUUCGUUCAAUAAAUCCAGUUUUACUGUCGUCGUGAAAUCGCAGAAAACGCGCUAGCGUAAAAUGUUUACGGUUCGAAACGUUGCUAAUUAAACAUGCAACUUUGACGUCGACAUCAAAUAGUACUGUCAUUUCAAAACCACAUUCAAUAAUCGGCACGGCCAAAAUGGUAGCAGCUUUUCUCUGUAGCAAAUAUGACCGCAUAGAAAAUAAAACAAACGGCAGGUAGGUAUGUGAAAUUUAGGGGCAUCCGUCCCUUGUAUACAGGGUGAGCCAACUAUAGGGUUAACUUCAUUAUAUCGUUGGUUUCGAAAGUUAUGAGAAAACGGGAACAUUGUAAAGAUGGCUUAAAAUUAUUUUAAAAUAUACGGGGUGGCUCAAAAAGCGCGACUAAUAAAACUUGCAUUUUUUUAAUGGAACACCCCAUAUUUUAAUUUUGUUUUGAAGUCCUUUUAAUAAAUUCUUUAUGAAUAAACCUAGUAGUGUUUUAAUAUUUUGAUUUUUCUAGAAGAAUACUAUUUGAUAUUAGAAUUUUAAAUUGAAAAAUAUCGAUUUCCUUGAAGGGCACACCAUAUACAAGGGUGGCGUGAAAAGUUUCCGGCCUGACCAAUAAAAACUCUGCUUUUAUUUUUUUUGCUUUUAAUCUCCAGUUUUGAUUAGUUUUGGUUAGUUAGUACUGUAUUAAAUAAGUGGGUGUUUCAAUCAGAUUUUCGAUACAUACGAGGGUGGGGUGAAAAGUUUCCGGCCUGACCAAGAAAAACGAUGUUUUUUCUUUUUUUUUUUUUUUUGCUUUUAACCUCCCGUUUUGAUUAGUUUUGGUUAGUUUGUACUUUAUUAAACAAGAUCAGAUUUUCGGUACAUACGAGGGUGGGGUGAAAAGUUUCCGGCCUGAGCAAGAAAAACAAGGUUUUUUCUUUUUUUUUUGGUUUUGAUCUCCGGUUUUGGUUAGUUUGUACUUUAUUAAAUAAGUAGGUGUUUCAGUAAUAUUUUCGGUACAUACGAGGGUGGCGUGAAAAGUUUCCGGCCUGAGCAAUAAAAAUUAUGUUUUUAUUUUUUUUGCUUUUAAUCUCCAGUUUUGAUUAGUUAUGGUUAGUUUCAACUCUAUUAAAUAAGUGGGUGUUUCACUCAGAUUUUCGCUACCUAUGAGGGUGGGGUGAAAAGUUUCAGCCUGACAAAAAAGGAUGUUUUCACAUUCAUUUUUUUUAAUUUAAUCUCCAUUUUUGUUUAGUUUGUACUUGAUUAAAUAAGUGGCUGUUUCAAUCAGAUUUUCAGUACAUACGAGGGUGGGGUGAAAAGUUUCCGGCCUGACCAAGAAAAACGAUGUUUUGACAUUUUUUUUUGCUUUUAAUCUCCAGUUUUAGAUAUUUUGUACUUUAUUAAAUAAGUGGGUGCUUCGAUAAGGUUUUCGGUACAUACGUAGGUAGGGUGAAAAGUUUCCGACCUGAUCAAGAACAGCGAUGUUUUUUAAAAAAAAAUUUGCUUUAUUUUGCAACGUAAUCUCCAUCAACACCGAAACAUUUCUCAUAACGGUGUUGUAAUUUGACUAUAUCAGUUUUAAACGUAAAUUCGUCAAGCUCCUCAAUAUACUGAUUUACAGCUUCGAUAACUUCGUCGUUGCUCUAAAAUCUAUUACUGCCAAACCAUUUUUUGAGGAAAAAGGAGAAGAUAAUAGUCGCUGGAGGCUAAGUCUGGAAAGUAGGGAGGUUGCGUCAUCAAUUCGAACUUCAUUUCGUGAAUUUUGGUCGGAAACUUUUCACCCCACAAUCGUUUUUUUUUUCUGAAAGAUCUUACAAAAACCUACAACUUUUUCCUUCUUUCUCUCCCUUACAAAACAAAAUAAUUAGAAACAACCUCUAAAAAUAUGGUAAUUUUUUGCACUAGUCCUUUUUUAGCAUAAUUAAAAUAUUGCAGGUUUGGGUAUGCAUUAAUUAUAGUGAUAAUAAAAUAGUGGAAGAAUUUCAAAACGAAUUGAAAGCAACAUUUAACAUUGGGUGUUUGAUAUAAAAAAUGUAUAAUUCAAAAUAAUCUUUCAAACUUUUCUAUUUUCCAUUUUCUCAUAACUUUUGAAACGAAUGAGAUAUAACUUCACUCACCCAGUACAAAAACGCCCGCCCAGCUGCUUACUGAAAACAAAACUAAGUUGCCAAAAAAGGAAAUCCGAAGAAUAAUAGGCAAAAUGUAAACUCGGCCACAAUAAUUUUUUUUGUGGUGGGGAUAACAGUGGUUUCGGCUAAUAUGUUUGUUGAUUCCACAGCAUGCGCGUCUAUUUGUUCGUGUAGCUUAAAAAUGUAAAAAGCAACGUUGACAUUUUGUAGACAAUACUCAGUGUUUCAUGUAAUUCUUUUAAGUGAUCCUGAAAAAAAUUACAAAAAAAACGAAUUUUACGAAGACGCAAUCAUUGUAAAAUGCCAAAUUCAUAAUCCGUAAGGCUGCUAAUAAACGUACCCCCUCUUUUAUCUUCACACUGGCAAAUAACUUAUUCGAAGCAGGAAAAUUUGUUGGGUGAAUAUAAGAUCAACGAUAUAGCGUUGAAACAUGCAACAUCCAGCAGUUGAUCAUGCAUGGUAAGACGAUGCCCAGAAGAAGACAGUGGUCAACUAAUACGCUGUUUAUGAUAGCGGUUAAUAAAUUAUUGAUAGCCAAUAUGAUUGCUAACGUUCGGUAAAAAACGGAUAUGGCACAUCAAGAAGAAGGACCCUCAGUAAUAGAGAGAAAAUAUUUUAAAUUGCAAAUCAGUAGGGUCUCUUUUAGGAACACUAACACCUCAUUUACGGCCCUGGCUUGCGGUACGCAUUCUUUACAACAGGCGGGUGUUAAUAAAAGGUUGUAAAAACGGUAUAUUGUUUGACGAACUAUACCUGUAUUUAGAGUGAAAAUUAUUGGCAGAAUCGUCCUUGCAAAGUACUCAAAAACAUAACAUUAAAAUAUGAUUAUAUUUAAGCGGUGGUAUUGGAUUAACUUCUUCAUCGGGUCCAGAAAUGUCUAAAACUUCCAUUAUAACCUAACCUAAACUUAUGUGCAUAACGUCUAUUUGUUGUUAACCGCUAUAUACAUUUAUGUACACAUAUAUCCUGAUUGUUACCAAAAUAUAGUGUAAGAAACUCAUGGGUUGUAAUCUGUGUUAGGGUUGUUCACAUGAUACGACACGUGACCAAAACGCAAGGUUUUUUAAGUUUUACGUCUAAGACAUGUGAACUUCUUUUAUGGUUACUUUAAAAAUACUUUCAUACUCCACAUUUUGAACCAAAGGUGUUAAAAGUAUCAAAUACGUAGGAGGUAUUUGAAUUAUGUUGAAUGCAAAUAAUAGAUCAUAUUUUUGAUAUCCUGUUUAUGCAGAAAAUUCCAAUUGGGUGAGCCGAUUGUAAUGUGAAAAAGUGAGAAUAGAAUUUUAAAUGGCUGUCACUUUUUUGUUUUUAGAGAUCAAGGUAAACAAAAAAAAACGAAAUAUAGGUUUUGGUAGCCAAGUUUUUUUCCAAGGGACGUAUAAUAUAAUAAUAAUAUGUUUCAUAGAAUAUCUUAUUCCCAUUACAACGAUACAUACACACUUUAUGUCUUGCGUUUAGUAACGUUUCCGGAUUGUCUCUUAACUGAAAUUCUUUGCCAAAGGAAUGGAUAUAACCCAUGGAUAUUCCAAAUUAAGAAAACUUUUAACUUGCACAACAUUGUGAGGAGGCGCACCAUCUUGCUGCCAUAUAAUCAGCGCUGAUAUGUAUAUAUUGUUCUAUUUGGUGCUUUACGAGUUGCAAAUAAUGAUGUCCAGUUCAGUUUUGAUCUAUAAAUAUCGGACCCAAAAUAUGCCCACUAUGAUACCACACCAUUCAUUAAUUGAUUGGUACCCCUGGGUUUUUAGUUUGUGUAUUUGUCUAGGAUUAUUUAAAGACCAAUAUCGCGUAUUUUGUCUAUUACAACUUCUUGUAGUGAACGAACUUUCAGCAGCUGAUAAAAUGUUUUUCAAAAAAUUAUUAUUCUCAUUAUGUCUAUCUAUUUACCAUCACGUUGUUUACUAAUAUGUCAAAAAACAUAAACAUAUUUUUAUCUGUCAGUCAGAGCACUCUCUGAAAUUGUAUAAAAAUUUCCUAUUUUUGCCGAUUUGUCAAAAACGAGUUUACUAAAAUAUAAAGUUGUGUAUCAUUGUAAUCGGAAUAAUAUAUUCUAUUAAAUACAUACAUAAUAUACAGGGCGUUGCAUUAAAAAAAUAUGUAGGCUUAUAUGUCAGAAAAUUUUGUUUUAUACGUUACUUGGAAAAAAGUUGGCUACCAACCCUACAUUUUGUUUACCUUGAUAUCUCUAAAAACAAAAAAGUUACAGCCAAUUGAAAUGUUAUCAAGAUAAUUUGAACGCACGGUACAUCAAUAAAUGUCACCAUCGUAAUUUUCGACACUUUUUAAACACAAAACAUCUGGCAAUCGUGCAGCUUUAACUUCGAUUUAGAAAAAUUCUCCUAAACUCAGUACAGCUAAAGCGAUUUUAGUGUCAUUUAUACUGCCGUCGCUAGAUGGAGCCAACUGAAACUCUACUUGUUACUUGCUACUUGUUUUUUUUUUUUCGAAAAAGUCAAGUGUAACGCUACAUUUAGAUGAGAAUUAAAUUCUCUCCUUUCAUGAAAAAGUCGGUUUUGUAUUUUGUUCAGUGGUGUAGCUUGAGAUAAGUUUUAUCAACAAAAAAAUACACCCCGGUGACUCUUUUAUGAUUUUACUUGCUCUUUGGAUUGAGCAAUCCAAAAUGAAACGUUUUUUAUCUCUUCAAUUUUUCUCGUUUUCGAAAAUAAAAAUUAAAAAAUUUUGUUUGGACUUCAAUGCGAAAAUGGAGAAAUAUACGAAAACACAAAAAAGUUUUAUUUUUCUUUGCUCUAUGGAAAACACUACAAAAAAAGUGAUAAAAUUUGUUAAAGUAUCUCUCAGCACGCCACUGAAAAUGUCUACAAUUUAAUUUUCUUUUAAACUAUACAACAAUAAAUAUAUGGUGAGAUUUAAUUAUUUCGAAAAAAUGCGGUAAUAAAUUAUAAACUUUUUUAGGCAUAUUUUAUUUUUUAUCAUACGACAAUGCGGGUGUUUUCCAAAUAAAAGGAUUUUUACAUCUAGUUGCCUAAGGUCAGAUAAUUUCUUUAGCUUUGUCUCAUUGUGCUAUUAUUUUUAUUAAUUUAUAUAUAUAUAAUUUAUUAAUUUAUUUCUUUUCUUUUUAAACAUGCCACAAGUUGUGCCAAGCCGUGGUGAAAUAUCAGAGAAAGUGACCAAUGCAGUUUUAAAGAAAUAUAACUUUGAUACUUUUGACAGUUUUGGUACAACCAGUAUAUUAUAAAAGUAGUUAAAAAUUACUUUGCGCAUCCUUAAAGUAAAACGUGUUGUAUAUGUAUGUGUAUAUAUCUAUUGCUAAAAAAAUUAAAUAAGUUGUAAUGGUAAAAUGACAAAGUCACGACGUCUUCCAGAUAAUCUUAGCCCUGCUAUACCUUAAAGUGUUUAUCCCGUUUUAGCAAUAGCUGCACAUUAAUAAGAGCGUUCUUGAAAUUACUAUCAUCAAGUGUCAUUUUUGACUUCCCACUGACAAUGUGGGAUAUUCCAGAUAUAUAUAUUAUAUUUUUUUAUUAUCUAUACUAGAAUCUAGAAUGACCAUAUCAUUAUUAACAAUUAUUUUUCAUCCAAUUGUAAAAAGUGUACAGCGUCGAUUUUUUUCAAACGUUUCUAUCUUCUUCCUACUUAUGGUCAAUAUCUUAAUUUAAACGCUUUUAAUGUUUUGAUGUAUUCUUGAUUCCGUUCUCCUUAAAUUAAGUCUGAUACGUCGUCUAUAUAACUGUUCGCAAUUCUAAGUAACAUAUCUCUAAAUGUUAUGUCGCACAACUAUAGGUGUUGAAUGCGUAAAAUUUUGUAGUAAUUAGUAGGUAUAUUUUGUAUAAAUGUUGAUAAGAUAUAAAAUUCGCAUAUAAGGAAAGUUUAAUUAGGUAAUCGGAUUUGUUAUAUUUUAAAAGUUUAUGUUCUUGUUACUGAACUGAAAACUGUUGUGUAACGACAAUAAAUAUAACUUAGACUCUUAAAAUUAGGUAUCUUUAAAUUUGUAAAUAUAAGUACAUAAAUAUAUAUAAUACAUGCAUAUACUUAAUAUUUUUCCACAAUUAAUAAACAUUAGGAAAUACAUACCUAAUACAGUUAUACUUUGGAAUUUAAAUGGUUCGAAUCCUUGCUGUUUACUCGUCGUACCUAGAUAAUUUUCUUAUGUGUGAUAUUUUGGGAAAAAUAAAAU